ACCACUAUGUUGUAAGAAGGUGCUUGUCUAGCUGACUUGGAUCGUCUCCUAGAGUUUAGGAGACAUAACCAUCACCAAGUUUGAAUUUGCAAAACCUUUAAGCUUUACUGGCUGGAGAGAAAAUACCACUUUUGGACCACAAAAUGGAUACGGAAUACAUGGGCUCAGGUAAACUGGGCCAAAUAUUGAAGCAGAUUUGGAGACAAAACCAGAUGCUAAAGCAGGCACUCCUGGGUGAUGAUCUUUGUGAGGGGGCUGGUGGGGCCACUUGGAUGGCCACUGUAGUCUUUCUGGGUCAGGAGCUCAGCAGGGCCCUUUACCAGCUGCUGGAGCACACCGCAGGCACCCUGCAUUCCACCUGCCAGCAGCUGCAUGUGCUGCUUGACAAGGAGAAUCAAUGUGUCUGGAGAAAAGAAAUCGUUACUUUCAUAGACUGCCUCAUAAAAAUAACUGAACAUUUGGGGAGCACUGCUGCACUUCUAAAGAAAGAAGAAAAGGAGAUGUGUAAUUUAUGCGGCAUGCAUGAUGAAUGUACUCCACAGCAGACAAUGUCCUCCAUUCAAGAUACCAAAGCAGCAGACAUUGCUGCAAGAGGGGAACUAAAUGUCAUAGAAACAGUUACUGUUUCUCCCACAAAUGGAGAGGACAGUCAUUACACAAACCAGGUCCAGUUAGAAAAAAAUAAAACACAUAUGAGUUCAGCAUUAGUGGAAAAAGAAAACAGUACAUCACUAAAAGGAUGUGUACUGGGGCAAGAAGAGUCACAGAACAAAAUGUUCCCAGAUAAUGCAGAAAAUGAAGAUGAUAAACAAAUAGAACACAUGACUGUUGAGAACAUAAAUGGCAACAGGAAAGAGAUUCAUGGCAUAAUCCAGACGACAGAGAGAAAAAUUCAAGAAACCUCAGAAAGCCCAAGAGAAGAGAUGACCACAUCCUCAAUAAUAUGUGAUAUCUCCAAGAAAUAUAUAAAUAGUACUCUUCCCAAUGAUUCAGAGAAUAUAAAGCACAAGAAUAACAUAAUGGAAAAGGAGUAUCUUGAUGUGCUGAGUGAUGAUACUGACCCCCAAGUGUCUUGUUAUAUUACAGCACCAUCAUAUGUUCUACAACAACUGGAAUGCCGGAUAAUAAAUAACAUGAGUUCUUUAAUAGUGGGUGAUAAUGAAGAGUUAGUUAGCAACGUCGUAACUAUUGAAUGCUCAGAUAAGGAAAAGAGAAUUCCAUUUCCAAUAGGCAUUGCAAUUCCAUUUACUGCACGUUACAGAGGAAAUUACAGAGAUAUCAUGGUGAAAGUGUGUGACACAAACCUUCAAUCAAGUUACUUAAACCCAAAUUCACUGGAAGGAAUGAAGGGAGGUUAUAAGGGGACCUGUGCUUCAGUAAAAGUUUACAAAUUGGGUAUCUUUUCUGUUGUGUCUUGUUUAAAGAAAGAGUCGUUCACAGUAACAAAGAAAGGCCUCACUCUUAAGUCAAGCAUGGAUUCCCGAAUAUCCUUAAGUUACCCUCCAGGAGUUUUUACCUCUCCAGUACUUGUGCAGUUAAAGAUUCAACCAGUUGACCCAGCUCUGGUGGCACAUUUAAAAGCACAGCAAGAUACUUUCUACUCAGUCCAAUCCACCAGCCCUGUGAUUCACAUUCAGCACCCAUCAACUUAUCCUUUUCAGAAGCCAGUGACUGUAUUUUUACCUUGUUCUCCAUACCUUGAUAAAAACAAUCUUGGUUCUGAGAUAGAUCAUAAAAGAAGAGCAAGUGCCACAAUAAAUAGGAUUACAUCUUCAUAUUUCAGCCGGACAAAAAGUGCCUCCGUAAGAAAACCUGGGAAAAAUGCCAGUGAAUGUUUGAAAUUACUGGGAUUUAGAAGCCAAGACAGUGGUUGGUGUGAGCUUGAUGAUGUUGUUGUGAAAACCAUACAGAGCGGCUUGAUAUCAGUUGAAUUGAAUGAACAUUUGCAGAGGUUUAUUGUACUUCACCUCUCUUCCACCAUGGACAAUAGUCAUUUGGUUACUUUUGUGAAAUCUUUAGAGGAAGCCAUGCUCAGCACCACUGCCUGCAUAGUGCUGUCUCACCAGAAGGACAAUCCACAUAGAAUAGCUGUUUUAGUGGUGCUUUCCAAAGAUUUAAGCCAGGCGCUUAAGAACCUGCGCUUGGAAGGGUUUGGGGGACCUCCAGAGCCAUCUCGUCAUUUCCAAGUUCGAGAAGGAGAACAACUUCUUUUAAGAUUUACUGGAAACAUAUUUGCUUCAAGUAAUGGGAAAGAUUAUGGAAAAGACUACACACUUAUUUUUCACUUGCAAAGAAAACCUAGGCUAGAACUCCAAAUCAAAGAAGUGGACGAAUUUGGAAACUACAGCUGCCCUCAUUAUAAAGGCACCAUUGUCGUUUAUAAAGUACCUAAAGGAAAGAUAGUCCCCAACUUGAAUCAAUCUCUCGUAACUAAUGAAAACCAUUCUCAGUUGCCAAUUUGCAAAUUACCAUUGAAAUUGCCAAAGCAUAAGAAAUUAAUCAACCGUCCACAGAGUACCCAAAGAGUUUCUAAGGAUCCUGUAGAAGCCCUUUGGGAUAACUUGCUCCACUGGCUGGCUGAGGAGCUCUCAGAAGAAAACGCUGAGUCUCUUUCCUCAACUCUCCCUCUUCACCGUAGCACCAUUCAGCUCAUCAAACUCAAGAACCCUGAUGAUCUCACAGAACAGAUCCAUGAGUUUCUUUGCUUCUGGAAAAAAUCGCUUCCAACUUUCACCGACAAACUUCGCCUCCUGGCUCGACAUCUCCGCAAGAUUGGCAGGAGCGAUCUUGCAGAAGAGCUCAAAUUCAAGUGGGAAAAUAAGGUGUUCACUGAACCACAGCAGUGGUUUGAUGUAGCAGCUGAGUAAAAGCCUGAUCACUCUUCCUUUACCCCUAGGAAAAGGCACAUGGUGAGUUUUUAAGACUGUUUCUGUUAACAUUUUCCUAGCAGUUUCCAAAUGAUAUUAUUUGAAGUCAGUCUAUUUAAUGAUGUGCUAUUGAGAAAUCAGAUGAGACAAAGGGAGAAGCACAGAUCAGACAAUAGAAAGCAUUCCUGGGUGUGAGCGCUCCUCUCUGGUUGAGUGAUUAUGUUUUGCAAUCAUGACUGUCUUCAGUUUGGCCUCACUAGCAUUUGCAAUUGAGUUUGACUUGUUCACAUUUUAAAAGCUGAGUGUGAAGAAAAGAUCUGAUAUAUGUAAUUACUUAUCAAUUGCUAUCUACAUAAAAUUAAACUUGUUUUCCAUGAUUUCAAGUAUGAACCCAAAAAUAUCUGAGACAGUUCUCAAUCAAUUUAGAAAGAUUAUUUUGCCAAGGUUAGGGACAGGCCCAUGACACAGCCUCAGAAGAUCCUGAUGACAUAUGCCUAAGGUGGUUGGGGUAGAGCUUGCUUUCAUGCAUUUUAAGGAGUUAUAACACAUCAAUCAAUACAUGUAAGAUGUACAUUGGCUCAAUCUGGAAGGGUAGGACAACUCAAAGUGGGGGCUUCCAGGUCAUAGGUAGAUUUAAAGAUUAUUGAUUGGCAUUGAUUGAAACAGUUAUUAUCUAAAGACCUGGAAUCAACAGGAAGGAAAUGUUUGGGUUAUGAUAAGGAGUUAUGGAGACCAAAGUUUUAUAAUGCAUAUGAAGCCUCCAGGUAGCAGGCUUUAGGGAGAAUAGAUUGUAAGUAUUUCUUAUCAGACCUAAGGUCUGUUGAUGUUUAUGCUGGUCAGCUUUUCCUGAACUCCAAAAGAGAGGGGGGUAUUACGAGGCAUGUCUAACCUCCCCUUCCCAUCAUGGCCUGAACUAGUUUUUCAGGAUAACUUUGGAAUGCCCUUGGCUGAGAGGAGGGGCUUGUUCAGAUCUUGGGGGCUUAGAAUUUUAUUUUUGGUCGACUCAGGCAACCAAUUCAAGUUACAUAGAUACCAUGGAGCCUACAGGAAACAAUAUAAAAUAAAUUGGGCUGAAAGACUUGAUGUCGGUGGUAGUAAUUCACUUUAAAAAAACUUGUCUAAGCUCGAAAUAAAUUAAAAAUAGAAUAACACUUCAGCCAUUUACUGCCACAAACUUUUCCUUUAUAAAAUCAUAACUUGGAAGAGGGAAAAUUCCAUAUUUUGUUACUAGUGAAAUGAGGCAGUGCAGAGAAAAUAAGUUUUCAGUGAAAGAAUUCAAGGCCUAUUUCUUCUACUUAGGAAGAAAACCUGCUUUAAAAUUAGUUAACAGAAGCCUUAUUACAUAAGCCCUAUAUAUACAUCAUUAAAAACAAACAAAACAUCUGUAAAUAGAACACUAAAUUGAAAGAAAAAUUAAAACUUAUCUAAACCCCUCUUUCUAUUGAUAAUCACUAUUAAUGUCUAGUAUAAGCUUUGAGUUUUUGGAAAACCUAAAGCCCUUUAGCUCUCUGAAGCAGUUUGAUAUAAAUGGGACAUUGAACUAGUUUCACUGACUCAUUAAUGCAAAAACCAUUAGGUCGUUGGCUUGAAAACAUCAGUAGCAAUUAGUUUCGGUUAUUGAAUACCUAGGAAUUAAUUAAGUUGUAUUACAAAAUUAAAUGUUUUAAUGGUUCUCAAAUUUAAAUGGAAGAUUUCCUUCUACAAAUUAACCAGGGAUUUAGGUAUCUGUUCAGUUAUAUAUUGAAAAAGGCAGUUCCAAUUUUCAAACAUAGUCCCAUAAAGGAAUAUUUCAUUAGUCAAGAUUUUUUUACAUGCUGCCAAAAAGGUACAAUAAUAUUUUCAUAUAUUCUUGGAGCAAAGAAAACAGACCAAAAUGUUCAUUGUUUUCCUGAUUGCAAUCGAACAAAAAAGUGAAGAAAAUGAAAUUUGCCUCUUAUCCUGCCACUAGAGAUUACUAUUAUUAACAUUUUGGCAUAAUUUCUUCUGGUUUUCUUUUUACUUGAAGAAAAUAUUUCUAUUUCUACGUGUAUGGAUGUAUCUAAGAACACUCACAUAUGUGUUUACCUGCAUGCACACAUGCUAAUAUGUAUGUCCCCUCACAAACACCCCUGCCACAUCACAAAUGCACCCUCAAACACACCGGCCUACCCUUUAUCUGCAUGGUUUCACAUCCACCUGUGCACCUCACAUACGCUGUCACAAACACACCCCUCCUGCACACCCCACUCCCAACUAUCUCACAGAAACACACCUAUUCACAUACAUAAAUACAUGUGCACACACACACACCUCAUACACAUAUAGUUUCAGAUCCACUCGUACACUCUCACAAAUGUCCUCAUUCACAUAUACCCCACCUCCACAUUUCAUAUACACAUACAAUCAUUAAUAUGCCUCCCCCACAGACACAUGCACACACAGACAUGACAUCUCACUCUACCUAUACCGCUUCACCUGCACACAUACAAUCUCAUUAAACCACUUCCUCUCAUACCCUUCCUGCCUCUUUUUCUCUCUUUCAUGCAUACACUCACAUACAUUCAUUCACAAGCACAUAGACACAUCUCUUCACACACAGAUACAUUUUUUCCCCUAGAAUUAAAAAAAAAAUACUGCACAUAUUGUUGUUACAGUAAAGCCAUAUAAAGGUAUAUAAAGAAAACAAUUGGCCAUACCUGCAGAAUCUCCUAAGAUAAUCCAGGAAAUCAAUCCCAUGUGUAAUCCGUGCCACUUUGGUUGAGACCUGCCUCUGAACACCCUCAGUAUUGAUAACCACACCCGUACCCUUGUGUACCCAUUUCUCUGUCUGGUGUGCCAACCUGUAUAGAUCACAUCAGAGAUGUCUUGUUGGCUUAGUGCGAAUGCAAAGCCCCAGCAGAAGACACAGAGGAGGAAGGAGAGUGAAUUAUACUAUUCCCCCUUUCCUCUCUGUGCUCAUCUUGGCCUGGCUGUCUCCUUCGCCUGCAACCACUGCUCCUCUCAAAAAGGCCACCUCUAGGCAACUCUCUCUUGUGCUUUGGUAACUGGUCUUCUUCUUAGCUCUUCAAGUUUAGGGGUGGUAAUAGCUCUCUUUUUGUUUGGAGUAACUGUGUUAUUUAUUCCUUGUAGUUCCCCUAUAUCCUGCUCUCCCGUUUUUAAAAUAAAGCCUUCUUUUAUUGUUCUAAUUUGAGUAUAUCACUAUAUUUCUUAUUGGGACCCUGAUUGAUAUCUCUCUGCACACAUUUGUUAUGCUCCUAGAAACUUAUACAUAUAUUUUAUUCCCAGAAUGGGAGUCAUAUAUAAUACAUAUAGUUUUAAAAAUUACUCUUAUUAAAUUAUGAGUUUUUAAUGUCUUUGAAUGUUUUAAUAACUGUAUAAUAUAAUAUCCUAUUUUAUAACCAUAGCACAAUUAAUUUUGGUAUAAUCAAUUUUUGAAAAUAGUUAAAAUGAAAUUUUACAGUGUAUAUUCUUUUAUGUUUGAUUUUUUAAUUCAACUUUAUGUUGCUGAAAUUCAUCCAUGUUGUGUGUGGCAAUGGUUCAUUCUCAUUAAUGUAUACUAUUCUAUUAUAUGCAUACAUUAAAAUUUUCACAUCAAUUAGACUGUAGUCCCAGUAUAUACCUAAGAGCAAAAUGAUAGUUUACCAUAGUUCAUUUAACCAUAUUCUAUAUUCAGGACCAUUUAGCAAUUAAGCUUUGAACAU